UUCGGUAGAAAAGAGCACAGUGCCAAAGGAGAGUCCAAGCGAGUAUGGAAAGUGUCAGCAGAGGUAUCGAUCGUUGGCGAGGAAAAGUAGCUCUCGUUACUGGCGCAGCAUCCGGAAUUGGUGCAGCAAUUACAAAGGCUCUGCUGGAAAACGGUUUAACGGUAGUUGCGGUAGACGUGGACAGCGAAGGACUGAAUCGUAUGAGAGAGCAAUUACGAGAUGACGAUCUGCAUCCGAUGGAGUGCGACUUGUGCAAGGAAGAAGACCUGAAUAAAGUAUUCGAAUACGUAAAGUGUAAUCUAGGCGCAGUGAACGUGCUGGUGAAUAACGCUGGUGUAACGAAUUACGCAAAAAUAAUUGAGAGCGACAGGGCGGCGUUCGCGAGGCUGCUAAAUAUUAAUGUCCUCGCGGCGGCCACGUGCGCCAGCAUGGCGGUACGUAUGAUGCGAGAGAGCAAUGCAGAAGGUCACGUUUUCAAUAUCAACAGUUUACUGGGCCAUGAAAUUCCUGAAGGCGUCCCCGACGUAGUUGACGGCUCCGGCGGAUGGAAUUUAUAUCCCAGCUGUAAGCAUGCGACUGUCGCCAUGACGCAUACGAUACGACGGGAGUUGGCUAAGAUCAAAGUUCCAAUCAGAGUUACGAGCAUCAGUCCUGGGCUGGUCAGAACUAAUAUCAGUGGGCAUACACCCUCUCUCAAGAAGUUCUUUGAUAAAUUGGAAUGUCUAGAACCGGAGGAUGUAGCCGACGGCGUGGUGUAUGCACUGGGUACACGUAGCAAGAUAGAGCACAUUAACGGUCGAUAUAUAUUUCGAGAAGAAUCGCUACCGGCUAAUCAGUCCGCUGUGAACAUGUGGCGCGUGCACGUCGUGGGGCUUCUCGUUAUCUUCUUGUCCGGCAUCGGAAAAUCCUCUGAGCCCGGUGCAACCUUUUCUGCAAAUUUGGGAAACCGCAAGGUGAAUCUUAAGGAAGAUGGAGAGAACUUCUCGGUCGAGCUCGAGAGAGCUGAUGGUACGAAAGCCCUGAAAAUCCUGUUCAUCUCCGAGGCUAAGUCGACGACCACCCGCACCAGUCCUAGAUUCAUUCAGGAUUGCCCGGACGAAGCUGUCUGCAUUCAGUCGAACGACCUCACUCGAAUCACCAUGACUCAGCCCGACUUUGAAGUUGUUAACAUUGCCAUGCACAGUCCCGGAAACGACACGACGUAUCGGAAUUGCAUCAAGCUGGAUGACGAUGUCCAGUGGUUCGGUGGGCCUCAGCAGAAGAAACAAUUCUGGCCAGUGCAGCACAUGGUGUAUCAGGAUUACGCCUACCUGCCCAUCGAAGACCAGAAUGCCGCAAUUGCCGAGCCCUAUUGGUUGAAUGGCAAAGGAACAUUUAUUUACGUUAACAGAACAGUCCCACUUUUUAUCGAUCAAAAUAUUUAUAAGUACCAGCAUCUCUGUCUCGUCGCCAAGAUAGACACACCGUACAGACCUCGUGGAUACGUUCAUCUCAAUUACAACGUAGGAACUUUCGCUAAUCCCAGACUUGCCCACGAGUACGCAGUUGAGAAUUUCCUAGGUAAACCCACAGACAUUCCAGACAAGGCUAUGGUCACGUAUCCCAUCUGGUCCUCCUGGGCAAAAUACAAAGUCAGCGUAAGCGAUUUCUUAAUGCGUGAAUAUGCCGGAGAAAUCCUUGCCAAUAACUUCACCAACAGUCAGAUUGAAAUCGACGACCUUUGGGAGACUUGCUACGGUAGUCUCACCUUCGAUACCUCCGCAACCAAGUUUCCUAAUAUCCGUAACCUCACGACUGAUCUCCACAAUCUUGGAUUUCGCGUGACCCUCUGGAUCCACCCGUUCAUCAACGUGGACUGCACCGAGUAUUAUAACUUAGCCCUGAGGAAUGGCUACCUGGUCAAGAAUAUCAACGGAUCAGUAGAAACUUCCUGGUGGCAGGGAUCCAAUGCUACGAUCGUCGACUUCACAAAUCCUGAAGCAGUGACGUGGUUCACGGGUCGUCUCAAUGCUCUAAAGGAAUCCUCAGGAAUAGAUUCCUUCAAGUUCGACGCAGGGGAAAUAUCCUGGCUGCCUCAACCGGCAGACUUGACCGGAAACCUAGAAGAACAACCAGGAAUUUUUACAGCACUCUACUCGAAGCAUCUGUCUGAAUUUGGAAGCUCGAUAGAAAUAAGAUCAGGCUGGGGAACCCAAAACUUACCAAGAUUCGUGAGGAUCAUCGACAAGGAUACAAGGUGGACCUGGGACAACGGUCUCCCGACCCUGAUCACAACCACGCUGACGAUGAACAUAGCUGGUUACGUAUUUGUCCUUCCUGAUAUGGUAGGCGGGAACGGGUACGUGGGUGACGAGGCAUUGAUAUCGUCAACACCUCCUGAGAAGGAAUUGUUCAUCAGAUGGUUGCAGGUCAAUACCUUCCUGCCAGCAAUUCAAUACUCAUUCGUUCCUUGGACCUAUGACCGCGAGACCAUCGAGAUAUGCAGGAAAUACACUGAUCUCCACAUCGAGUACGCGAGAGUCAUUCUCGACAUAAUGGAUGAAGCCGUAUCGACAGGAGCACCCGUCAACCCACCGAUAUGGUGGGUGGACCCAGACAACAAAGAAGCCCAUAAGAUUUCAGACGAAUACAUGCUGGGUACGACAAUUCUGGUAGCACCGGUGAUCGAGGAAGGCGCCGUUACUAGAAACAUUUAUUUGCCAUCGGGACACUGGCGCGAGGAGGCCUACUCCAAUCACACCGUUUACGUGGGACCGACGUGGAUUUACGAUUACCCGGCCCCGCUCGACGUCUUACCAUAUUUCACACUAGUAACUCAAAGUAGUGGUACGGUACACAUAGCCAGUGCACUGUUUACAUUGUUAACAGUUAUCGCAAUUAAUAUAUGAUCUAAUCAAAUUUAUCUUAUCUAAACAUUUUUACGUAUACAUAUAACAUUAUAAAAGAUAAGUUUAAGUA